AUGCAAGGACCAGUAGACCGGAAGCUGACCACCCUCACAACCUUGAUAUAUUCUGUAGGAAAGGAGAGGUUUGGACUAGAAGAGGAGAGAGUGCGGAAGGAACCUCCAAGACCAAACAGGCGGCAAGUUCGUAUCCAGAACUUGAGACAGAGGAUUGGACUUGCACAGCUUAGAGAUACAGUUCGGACACAGCUGACAUCAGUACGGAAAGCAGAAAACAGCAGAAGAAAGACACGGGAACGGGCAAAGAAGAGGGCAGCUUUCACAGCCAACCCAUACAAGUUCGCAAGAUCCCUCCUCGACAAAGAAAGGUCAGGAAAGUUGGAAACUCCACUAGAGGAAAUAGAGAACUUCCUUCAUGUUACCCAUUCUGACCCCAAUCGAGAGGACGUGCUAGGGGACUGUGACAGAAUAGAUCCAGCGGAGGAACCCGAAAAACAGCUGAAUGCGACGGAACCUACGCUUGGCGAGGUGAAAGAAGCUGUAAAAAAGGCCAGAGCUGCUUCGGCGCCAGGACCCAAUGCCAUCCCGUAUAAAGUGUACAAGAUGUGCCCACUACUUCUCAAGCGUUUAUGGAGGCUCCUCAAAGUAGUCUGGAGGAAGGGGGAUGUACCAGAGGCUUGGAAGGAGGCCGAGGGGAUAUUCACACCGAAGGAACGCAAUUCCAAGACGGUCAACCAGUUCCGAACGAUCUCGCUGCUCAACGUCGAGGGAAAGAUAUUCUUUGCCAUCCUUGCAAGAAGACUCACAUCUUUCCUGACAGGCAACGCAUACAUCAACACCUCGCUAAUAAGUGAGGCGAAGAAAGGGAGGAAGGAUCUCACUGUAGUAUGGCUCGACUUUGCCAACGCAUACGGGUCAAUUCCACACCAGCUCAUCUAUACAGCCCUCCGACACUACCAUGUGGACGGCCACAUUCAGAAAAUCAUCACCCGUUACCGGGAUGGAAUCAAGCUCCGGUUGACUGUUGGUGACCAGCUAACCAGAUGGCAGAAGUUGGAGAAGGGAAUCGUUACCGGCUGCACAGUUUCCGUGGUGCUCUUCAUCAUGGGAAUGAACCUGCUGAUAAAUGCUGCCCAACGUGAGACACGUGGACCAAAGACAGAGUCAGGAAUCUAUCUCCCAUCUAGCAGAGGCUUCAUGGAUGACCUCACAAUGACGACAACAACACACGUCCAAGCUAGAUGGAUGUUGACAGCCCUGACGGAUGUCGCUUCAUGGGGAAGAAUGAAGUUCAAAGCAGCAAAAUCCAGAUCUCUUGUCAUAAAGAAAGGACAGACAACAGAGAGGUUCAAACUCUACGUACAGAACGAAGAGAUUCCUUCCAUAGUGACGAGUCCAAUAAAAUGCCUGGGCAAGUGGUUUGAUGCAAGCCUACAAGAUCGCGACAAUGUCAAGAACUUAAAGCAACAGGUAGAGGAGGGUCUCAAGAAGAUAGACCGCUGCGGACUACCCGGCAAGUUCAAAGCCUGGCUUUACCAGCAUGCACUGCUCCCAAGACUAAUCUGGCCGUUGAUGCUUUACGAGGUACCCAGCACAACAGUGGAAGCCCUGGAGAGAAUCACUAGUCGACACCUCAGGAAGUGGCUAGGAGUUCCACCCAGCUUUACCAGUAUUGGACUCUAUGGGAAGAGCAACAAGUUACAGCUCCCGCUAUCUUCACUGGUAGAAGAGUUCAAGACAGCAAAAGCAAGACUUGUGUUGACCUUGAGGGACUCUCCGGACGAGUUCAUCCGUGAGGCAGGGAUCCAAACCCGAACGAGCAGGAAAUGGUCAGCGACAGAGUCUGUGAGCAAGGCAGAGAACACGCUCAAGCACAAAGACAUUGUCGGAGUGACUGCAGUUGGACGUGAAGGAAUUGGUGCGAGAAAUGUGGUACUGUGGAGCCGAUCAGACCAGAAAGAGAGGCGAGCGAUGAUUCAGUCUGAGGUCAAGAGGGCGGAAGAAAAUGCCAGACAAGCAAGGGCUGUGGGGAUGGGAGCGCAGGGAGCAUGGACCACGUGGAAUACCGCAGACAGGAAGUUGACCUGGGGAGACAUCUGGAAGUAUGAGCCUUUUCGGUUUUCCUUUCUGCUCAGUACAGCACUGACACAGGGAAGAUAUAGAUGGAGGCAUGACUUGGUCCUCAGAGAGUUGGCUGACUGGCUAGAGAAGGAAAGGAAGAAGGAACAUGGUAAUCACCCCCGCCAUGGGCACAUCGCUUUUGUCAAAUCGGGUGAGACCGUGAAGACACAGAAACCAACAAAAGCAUCAAUUCUUGAUGGCUCUAGAGACUGA